AUGGCGUUCCGUCGCAAUGAGACGACGAGCGCCCCGCCGCCGCUGGACGGCCCGCGACCGGGGACGCGAGAGAAGAAGAAGCAGUCGAGUCCGAGACGCGGCGAAGACGGCGGGGGAUCCCCCGACGCCGACGCCGACGCCGCGCGCGCGCCGCCGCCGCCGCCGCCGCCGAACGCGGUGAUCGCGCCUCGCCGCCGCCGCAAAGAAGCCGGCGACGACGAGUUCCAAGCCCUGGACGGCAUACGCGGCGAGAAACCGAAGGGAGCGGACGCGUCGUCGUCGUCGUCGUCGUCGGACGAGGAGGUGCUCGACGCCAUCUUCGACGGCGCGGCGUCCCCGGGCCCGAAGAAGCCGGCGAUGAACUUCCUCUCCGAGUCCGAGAUGGAAAAGUGGAAGGCGUUCGAGGACGAGAACUUCUCCGAGGCGUCCGGCGGCGGCGGCGGCGGCGUCCCCAGCGAGUACGGAGAGGACACCGAGCUCGGAUCCGCGCCGUGGUGGGAGACGGGAUACCUGGAGGAGCGUCGACAAAACGUGUGGGGGUACUCGCCCGCGGCGCCCAUCUGGCCGACGGUAUCGCACUACGCCGUCAUGGCGCACUCGCUCCGAGUGCUGCUGAAGAUGCUCGAGCUGUAUCGAGACGGGGAGCGGAUCGGGAGCUCGUGCGUCCGACUCAUGACCGUCGCCGACCUGAGAAGGCGCGCCGAGGACGGACUUUUCCCGUCGCGUCUCUCCGAUCGCGCCACGGUUUCAGUCCCGACACGUCUCGGGCGACGCCUUUCGACUUCGACUGACGCCUUUCGACUCCCGCCCCGACGUCGCUUCGCGUGGAACGGCUCCGAGGCGGCGAGCGUGAUCGGCACCAAGGAGGUUAAGAAGCUGAAACUGAAGCGGACGACCAAGCCGAAACCGGUCGCGAUCUCGCCAGAGUAUCGCCCCGUGGAGCACCGCACGCUCAAGAAGGCGGGGCACCCGUUCGUGUGCGAUUGCCGAGAGGUUCAAUUCUACGGCGACGACGUCCUGGACGUGAUUCGGCGAAGGAUGACGUUUUUUUCGCGGAUAAAAAGACGAGGACAAGCGAUACGAGACGUCAUGCACUGGAGAGUGGGGAAGCCGACGGCGAUGCUGCGAGAGGAGCUGAUCGAGGAGUUCGGGAAGAAGCUCGCGGCGGCGAAGAAGAACAACGAGAAGCCGCCACCGAGCCCGUUUCGCCGCGGGGGCGAGGCGGAGUUGAAAAAAAAACUCACCCCGGUGGCCAACGACCCGAGGCGAGUUCUUUCGCGCGCUAUGAACCUCGCGUCCACGUUGGCGCUGAACGCGUCAUCGAAACGGCUGCACCGGAGCGGGAGCUUGGCGCAGACGACGACGCUGCUGCACCCGGAGGAGCUCGAGGAGAGCUUCCUGAAUCUUCUCGAGCACGAGCUCACGAGGUUCGAAUUAUACUUAAGCACGACGCGGUACCAAGUCGAGUUGGACAUCGACUACGACAAGAAAGGGCGGAUCAUAGGCGACGACGCGGAGGAGGAGAAGAACCGGCUCUGUCAAGCGUGCGUGGUGUCGUAG